CCCAUCCCCAGCUGUGCAAGCGCUACCCCGGGUUCAUGCGCGUGGCGCUGUCGGAGCCGCAGCCCGAGAGGAGGUUCUUCAGGCGGGGCUGGGUGACGUUCGACCGCAGCGUGAACAUCAAAGAGAUUUGCUGGAGCCUGCAGAACAUCCGGCUCCGUGAGUGUGAGCUCAGCCCCGGAGUGAACCGGGACCUGACCCGGCGCGUCCGGAACGUGUCCGGGCUGACCCAGCACCGCCCCAUCGUCCGGCACGACAUCAAGCUGGCCGCCCGGCUGGUGCAGGCGCUGGACGCGCGCGCCCGGCUCUGGAGCCCCCCGGGGACGGUGGGGACAGCGCUGGGGACAGCGGGGACAGCGUUGGGGACAGCCGUGGGGACAGCCACGGGGACAGAGAACACCGGGGACGGCACCGGGGACAACCCCGGGGAGAACAGCGAGGGACCGCCCGCCACCGAGCCGGGGGCCCAGAACCCGGUUCUCCGCCACAUCACCGAUUACCUGAUCGAGGAGGUGAGCGCCGAGGAGGAGGAGCUGCUGGGACAGGGACAGGGCCAGGGACAGGGACAGGGACAGGGACAGGGACAGGGACAGGGACAGGAGGACACGGCCCGCGAGACCAACCCGGCCGAGGUGACGGUGGAGCGCGACGAGAAACUGCUCAAGGUGCUGGACAGACUCCUGCUGUACCUGCGCAUCGUUCACUCCGUGGAUUAUUACAACACCUCCGAGUAUCCCAACGAGGACGAGAUGCCCAACAGGUGCGGGAUCAUCCACGUGCGGGGGCCGCUGCCGCCCAACCGGGUGUCACACGGGGAAGUGUCAGAGUGGCAGCGGGGCUUCGAGGCGCGCCUGGCCCCGCUGCUGGCCGGCCCGGGCUCUGUCCCCGAGGAGGACGCUCAGCGCCUCGGCCGCAAGGACCCCGAGCAGGAGCUGGAGAAAUUCGUCAGCGCCAACACCCAGGAGCUGGGCAAGGACAAGUGGCUGUGUCCCCUCAGCGGCAAAAAGUUCAAGGGCCCCGAGUUCGUGCGCAAGCACAUCUUCAACAAGCACGGGGACAAGAUGGCGGCCGUGCGCAAGGAGGUUUUGUUCUUCAACAAUUUCCUGAUGGACCCCAAACGUCCGGCCCUGCCCGAGGGGGGCAAGGGGGGACCUGGUCCUAAUGCAGGUCUGUCCCCAGGGGGGCUCCCGUACCCCCCCCAGUCCCCCCAGGGGUUGAUGCCGUACGGGACCCCCCGGCCCCCCAUGCUGGGAUACGCAGGCUCCCACCCGUACCCCCCCGGGCCCUACGGCGGCCGCGGCGGCUACGACGCCUUCCGGGGCCAGGGCGGGGCCGGGGGCGGCUACCUGAACAAACCCCGCAGCAGGAUGGUGCGAGGGGACCCCCGGGCCAUCGUCGAGUACCGGGACCUGGACGCCCCCGAGGAUGUGGAUUUCUUCUGACCCCUCCCCCACCCUCCCGGCACCCCCCAGUUUUGAUACUCCCCUCCCCCA